AGGCAUUGGCUCAAAUCUUGAGGAGAGUUUUGCCUCCUUUUCCCAAUUUCUGGUGUUUUUCCAGGGAGACGUCCUUCCUUUUCCGAUGGCGCUGCAGCUGUUGCUGUGCGCCUUCCUUGCCGUGGUCGGUGCGAUUGACAAUGGCCUGGGACGGGCUCCACCUAUGGGAUGGCGAUCGUGGAAUUUGUAUGGAGCAAAUGUGAAUCAAUCUUUGAUGCAACGCAUCAUGGAUGGAAUGGUGUCCAAGAAGCGUAAAGUGGAUGGAGUUCCCACCUCCCUGUGCGACCUGGGCUUUUGUGAUGUGGGAUUGGAUGAUAAUUGGCAGGAUUGCAAGGGUGGGCACCAGUAUCACUACCAUGAUGAUGCUGGCAUUCCAAUUAUCAACAGGGAGCGCUUCCCUGAUAUGAUCACAAUGACGUCACAUGCCCACCAGUUGAACUUGACCUCUGGGUGGUACCUGAACAACUGCAUCUGCUCAGAGCAGGCAGCCACCGAUUCCAUGUAUCAAAGUGACGUAGCAGCACUGACUGUCUUCGGCUUCGAUGCUGUGAAGUUGGACGGCUGUGGCCAGCAGCAGGAUUUGGACAAAUGGGCAGACCUAUUCAACAAGACGGGCCGACCCAUCAUGAUUGAGAACUGUCAUUGGGGCGGCACUGUGCCCAAUGCCACUUGGUGCCCCUGGAAUUUCUUCAGGACCUCUGGAGACGUGCGGGCCUCCUAUGGUAGCAUUGUGGGCAACCUGUUGACCACCGUCGAAUGGGCACAGAAGAACUUGUCGAAGCCUGGCUGUUGGGCCUAUCCAGACAUGUUGGAGGUGGGUUGCCAACAUGGCCCUGGUGGCGCCGGCGAUCCAGGUUUGACCUUCUUCGAAGCGCGUUCCCACUUCAGCGCCUGGGCCAUCGUCUCCUCGCCACUGACCUUGUCGCUGGAUGUGAACAACGACACCGUGAUGGACGCGGUGUGGGAGAUCAUCUCCAACAAGGAAAUCAUUGCAGUGAACCAGGCAUGGGCAGGUCAUAGUGGGAGUCCUUUCAAGCAAGCGGAUUCUUAUGUCCAGCUCACUGACUUUAACAUGGAGAUGAAGGGGGCGAUCAUCCCUCACAACAGCCAGGUGCCAAGCUGGCAGUUCUUCUACAAACCGAUGGGCGGAGGAAAGAUUGUCGUUUUGUUGAUGAAUCAUGACUCCAAGGCACAAGAUUUGACUUUGACCUUUUCCGAUGUCCCGGGCCUCUCCUGCCAGAAGUGCAAGGUGCGGUGCUUGUAUGUUCAUUCUGAUCUCGGUGAGCAUGAUGGAACUUUUGUGGCCAAGGGUGUGCCAUCCCAUGACUCCCGCAUGUUUAUGCUCUCGUCCAGUGGGCAUGCGGCGCAGAAAGACGUGGUCUUCAUGUGAAUGUGGAAGACCAGCAACACCAGAAUCAGAUCUUCCUCUACUGGAAGAGACUUUUGCAGUUCCUCGCGAGAAAGGAUGCUCACCCCUGGAAUUGCUUCAAAUCGUGGUUGAGGGCCAGGCUUUGAACACUGGCUUGGGGGCUGUGGCUUUCUGGCAUCGUUUGUGGAUGUAGUGCUAGGGCGUUUGAAGCUGAUGCAGAUGCAGAGGUCCGUGUUAGCACCGUAGAUAGCGCGCAAAA